GCCGGUGCCUCCCUCCUUUCACAGCAGCACAUCCACACUGAGGGCCAGACCAGGCUCUGCCGCCUGCACAUCACCCGAGCUGCUGCAGGAGCCCGCACCAUGGAGAUUACUGAAUCCCAAAGUCAGCAGGACAGACUGCAGAUGAUAGCGGAAAAAAGACGGCGUCAGGUAGAAAUUGAAAACAGAAGACGUCAACUAGAAGAUGAUAGAAGACAGUUGCAGCACCUCAAAUCUAAAGCUCUACGGGAGCGCUGGCUUCUGGAUGGGGCUCCUGCCUCAACCCCUGAGGAAGAUGAAGCAACAAAGAAACAGAUGCAGGAAGAUGAGCAGAAAACCCGCGAACUAGAAGAAAGUAUCCAGAGGCUGGAAAAUGAAAUUGAGCAACUAGAGACUGGCAUGUCUACCACAUCUACCAAAGAGAGUUUAGCUUCAGAGCCUGAGAACCAAGAAGUGGCCAGAAGCAACAAGACCAUAGUGAACACUGCCAGGGAUCAGACUACUUCACAGUCCCCCGGUAAGAAGACAGAUAGUGCAGAUAUGAUGAGAGCAGCAAUGUACUCUGUGGAGAUUACAGUAGAGAAAGACAGAAUUACAGGGGAGACUAAGGUCCUCUCUAGCAACACUGUGCUCCCUCAAGAGCAACCCCUGCAGGGGGUCAAGGUGUAUGAAGAUGCACAGAAAGUUGUACAUGCAGUGAGAUCCGAGGUUGCAGCACCUAAUGAUACAGUCCACCAGCUCACUUCCACAGAGGUGGAGGAUCUGAUCCACAAGGCAGAGGAAGCGACUCUUAGUGAAGUUUCUUUGACAUCAGAUGAAAAGACCUCAAUCCAAAGAGCAUCUCCUCGAAAGGAAAUCCCAGGUGUACAGGCUCGACCUCCUGAGACAUCACCUGGCCCGGAGCAACCAGUAACCAUGAUUUUUAUGGGUUACCAGAAUGUGGAAGACGAGAACGAAACAAAGAAGGUCUUGGGUCUUGAAGAGGCCAUCACCGCUGAACUAGUUGUCAUUGGCGAUGGAGACCCACAGCCAGCUGCUGAUGGAGAUGUACCAGAAAAGGCACAACAUCCUCCAAAUGGUGCUCCUGUAGAAAAUCCCAACAAGAGUGAGAAGCCAGAGACCAAUGACACAGCAGCACCCAAGAGUGGAGAGCAGGAUCUAACUAUGAAGAAGCAGAGAUGCAAGUGUUGUAGCGUGAUGUAAGCAGUUGAAGGUAGGGUAAAGGUGUGCCUUUCCUCUAACCAUCAUACACCAUAAAGCCUGAAAUUGGAGGUUGUACUUUACCAUAAAUCUUGGAUGGAGAGCUAUUACCCCGAAGCCUUUAGUUUAUAAAAGGGGUACUCUCUUUAUCCAUCACAGCCUUUGAGGGAGUCCCCUCCAUGAUCCAAAACUUUAACGGUGUUCUCAUUUCUGUUAUAUACACUCCUUCUUAUGAAAUCGGAGAGGACAUUCUGUUAUUAAUCCACAAGUAACGUGGGUAAUGUUCAUUCUAUACUGAGUUUGCAAGCUCUCAAACUGGAAAGGAGACUUCCGUUUACACAACCUUCAGAUGUAUGAUUGGAGCAUCAUACGACUAGCAAGUGUUCACCCUUCUUCUUGGCUAUAUUUGCUCCUGGUAUUUCCUUCUGAAGAAUCUGCAGCUCCCUCUAUAUAUUAUGAAAGCUACUGCCAUUUUUUAUCAAGACGAACCUAGUAGAUGCCCCUUAUUUCCUCUACCUCCUAUGAUCAUUUUUAUAGCCACCAACUUGAACUGUUCAGAUGGAAUCUCAGAAGAUAGAAACUGUAGGUUGAACACACAACCAAUUGGAUUAAUUGAAUGCUCAGUACAUACAGGAUUUUUCAAAUGUAUUACAACAUUGGGACAUUUCAGGAAAUUAUGUGAUAAAAAGAGACAAGGUUAACACGGCUCAUGAGUCUCUAUUAAAUUGGGUAUUUCAGUAGGGUUUACACUUUAUGAUGAUAUUCAUUACAGUUGAACAUCAGAAGGAUUUCAAGUAGCAAUUUUGUUUGGCCAUUUUACGAAUACGGAAGAACAGAUAUUAAAUUCCAGUUGUAAUAAAAUUAACAUUCACAUCAGUAAUAACCUACAGUAUAUGUUGCAUUAACAGCUUAUAAAUAUGUUGAAUAAUGAAAGCUAAAACUGAUUAAUAGGAAAAUCCUCUUCAUUCUCAAUUUCAGUGUUUAGUGCGUACAGCUUGCCUUGUGUUAGAAUCCCUGUAUAAGGUCCGACAUGUCAUUUGGAAUGUGCUCCAGUGUGUGACAAGAUUAUUGUUACAAGUAUAGUCAUUUGAAUUGGUUUUUGUGUUUCAUCAAGAGUAAAGUCCAGACACGUGAUAUGAAAGUUAACUUUAUUUUUAUAUCCCUUAGCUACUGUGUAUGAUUUCCAUUCUGCAAAACAUUGUAACGAUGUGAAUAUAGAGUUGCUGCAGGUUCUACUGAAAUCCCCUUGACCUUCACCCUCUUGCCUUUUCUCCAUGCCCCUUGUAUGUUAACUGUGAACCCUACUACCCUGGUUGACUGUGUGCCCAUAGUGCGGGACAUGAAGCUAGGUGGAGCCUGUGGGCCUCAGCUGGACUUUCAAUAUAUUGGUGCCUCUGUCUAUUGCUCUGCCUGCCUGAAAAUUACCCAUAUCCAAACAUCCCCUAUCUAAAUUUUAAAUGUAAAACAUAAGAAACAAAUAAUUAAAUAAAAUGUCAUUUAA